AUGUCAACACAGGCUCAAGACGCGAGGACGCACCCAAAAUCAUUCACUCGCCUUUCACUUAAAGUUGAUCUCCCUGACUCGGAUGUGACCAUCUUGUCUUCUGAUAAUAUGCGUUUCAAUUUGCACCAAGCCAAGCUGGCUCUAAAUACUGGAGGGUUACCCUCAAAUCUCAGUACUAUGGAAGAGACCGUGCAGCUUUCUGAACCUUCUAGCGUUCUGGAAAUUGCAUUUCAAUUCGUGUAUAUCGAUAUGCUCUUCGACGAUGAUGCGAAGAUCUCAUUUUUGAUGCGUCGCGCGGUGUAA